AUGGAUUAUUAUUCCAAUCAUUCAGAAACGACGCUCCCUACCUCGCACAACGACACAUAUCCCCCCCAGAGCCACUACAUGUCGCGAACAACUACAUACGACUCUUCUGGCUCGUCUUUUGGCAAGAAACAAGAGCUGGUGUCAGAGGAAUCUCUGCACGAGGUCCCCCAGGCCAGAAUAGCAACGGACAAGCAACUCACCGCAGAGGCGCCUCGGAGACCGUGGUAUGCUCAUCUCUUCCCAAAAUCAUGGCCGAUACGGUGCUUCCUCGCGGGUGUCGUCCUCGAGACUAUCAUCAACUUGGCUAUUCAAGGAGAUAUCUACAGUCGCCUAUCUGCAGCAGUUCAAGCCGCCUCCGAGGAUGAAGCCCAGAGAUACGCUCUGAUACGGGUCAUCGUCUACUUGGCACUCUUUGCAUUCGCACACGUAUUUCAACUGGCGUUGGCCAUAGAGGCUGUCUGGCAGCAAAACACCCUCCAGUUCUUGUUUCUCACUAUAUUCAACCUCCUUUUCCUGGUCUAUUCCGUUAUUCAAGCCGCAGAAAUCAAUACUGUCCAAACCUCACUUCGUUCGGGUAUCACAGCAGUCGGCAUUAAGCCUCUCACGAUCAUUUCUUCCGUCGUGAUUGGUAUCUCUGAGCUUGUCUUCAUUGCAACUGGGUAUCAGAUUUACAAAGAGUUUGGAUGGAAGGUCUACAAGUUUCUGGGCGCAGACAGACAAAUCAAGCGGAUAUACGCGCACUACCAAAUCUUCCUCUCCCUUCUCCGCUUUGACCUCUUCUUCUGCAUCGGAUUCUCCGCCCAGUUGUUCGUCUUUAUCCUGGGCAAGGACGAUGUGGAAUACUUCCUCACAAUCGGCGCUCUUCCAUUGGGAGUGUUGAUUCUUAUCGGGGGGCAUUUUGCUGCUCGAUAUGAGAACAAGUGGCUCAUGUUUGGAUUUAUGCUUGGCUGCGUGUUCGCAACCGUCUACUUUGCGUACAAGCUAUUCCGCAUCUACGAAGGCAUCAGCAUCAACACGAUGUACAAAGACAUUACAAAGUCCUUGAAUCUCUUUGCCGCAGUCUCACUACUUUUCCUCAUGGUCACGUUUAUUUGGGGAUGCAUUGUGAUGCACAACUUUGGCCGCGGACUCAAGCAGCAAAUGUCCAAGAAGCAUGUGGCUGGACACCGACGGCGAAACACUUCGAUUACGCUGGACAAUAAGGCGUUCCCGAUGACAGCCAACUCGAAACGCAUGAGUAUCGAUUGA